AUUUUGAUCUUAUUUAGUAUAUAUUACAUGAGGAGAUUUAUAAAUGAUUUUUUUUUAUUAUAAGAAUAGAAAUUAUUUUCUCAUAAGAAAAGAAAAUUAUCUUUUUACCUUUUUUUUUUAAAAAAUGAAUGGUACAAAAAUUUGUACUCUUGAUAUUAGCCUGGGGAAAUUUAGAAUUUGAUGAGAUGGAAUUUUUAUCCAUGUCUUGAUCUUUAUGAAAUAUUAGUACAUGUUUUGAUUUUAUAAAGUACGUAUAAUUUAUUGAUGAUAUAUUGUUCACAUUAGAAGAUUGGAUAACUAAGGGGAUAUUUUUCAUAAUACUAAAAUAAUAAUGAACGGAUAAGGACCAAAGUGCUAAGUGUAGAGUGUGAUACACGUGUACAAAGAAAAGUACACUUAUUGUGACUCAUGGUAUAAAAAAAAAAUCCAUAGUUUAAGUGAAGCUUACCAUUUUGUUCCACGUAUUUUUCUAUGAUGCAUAUAUACACACAUAUCUUCGUACUUAUGGAAAGAGCAACACAAAGUUGCUGAACCUCGUUUUCUUUCCCCUUUUGUAACUAAAGCACAUCAAUUUCAAAGUUAUCCUAUACGAAUUAUUGUUAAAGAAUUCAUAAGGUGCAUUUAAUUUCAAGCUUAAAAGCGGUUAUUUCUCUUAUGAUUUCCCGAUUUAAACAUUGAUUCUACCGGAUCCUUGCACGUCAAAGAUUACCUCAUAGUGAAGUAAUCUUGAAAUUAAAGUGUUCUUGAGCUCUCGAGGUAAGAUUCCAUUUUAUUUCAAAGUUUGUACAAAUGUUUGGAUGAGUGAAGUUGUGGGAAGGAGUUCCAAUAUAUGUUGAAGUUCAUGUUGGGUUUAUGGACUAUUUUGACCGUGUUGUUUUUGUGUUAAUAGGCUGAUUUCUUUAUGUAUGGGGUAGUAAUCGAUAUUAUGGUGGUGUGGCUGUGACAUACUUUAUGAAAUUGGAAGAAGAAAAUGCGACGCUGUAGUCUUAUCGCAUUUGUGGAGGUUUCGGGUGGAAUAUGAUGUUGAUGGGAUCGUUGGAAUAUUUUUAGGUUGUUUGAAAUGCUUUUGAAUGAUCUUGAAUUAGUAAUGAAUAUGUGAGCAUUGGAAUUAGCUUGAAAAUAUGUAGUGAAUUGAGUGUUGAUGAAUUAUGCAGAGAAGAAGGUUACUAAUGUUAGAAUAUGUCUUAAAUUGAUUGUUGGUAUUAUUGAAAUAAUCGUGGGUAUUGUGUUGAUAUUGUGGCCGAGUUAAAUUCUCGGGUUUUUUGUUGUAUUUUUGGCCGAGUUGAAUUCUCGGGGAUGUUGAAUUUAUUGGGGAGAUGCUGCCCAAAUUUCUGUAGACAAGUAUGAAUUUAAGAUUGAAUUCCUAAAGGCUAAUAAUUAAUAUUUGGUAAUUGUAGAUUUUGAAGGAAACGAGAUUUGAGUUUGGACAAGCGUAUAAAGCAACUAAGGUAUGUAAAGCUUUGUCUUUCAUUCUCUUGGCAUGUCCUUGGUAUAAUAGGCUAUGAUUUGAGCCUCGGGGACGACUCUACUCUUAGAAAUCCGAGCGUAAAUUUGACCCUUAUUCAUUCAAUAUAAUUGAAUUAAGUUUCUUAUGUUUAAUUGAAAAGUAGCUUGAAUAUAUGUAAUUUUCACAAACGGAACCGGAAUGCUCUAAAACUUUUAUAGGUAACUCCAUCAAGUCUGAUGUUCGUAAAUUUUUGUACGCCUCUUCGAGCUUACUCGAGGUGGGCCCACAAUCUCCGUAAUUUUUUGUAUCACUCUUUUGGACUUAUUUUCGCACGGCCUCCAAAGGGAACUUUUGAUCAUUAUUCCGUUAUCAAACGAUAAACGUUGUGACUAUUAUAAUGAGCCUUAUAAUGCCUUGUGAUAUGUAUAACGAUUGUAGGAACUUUGUUUUGAUAUUAUCUAUCGUGUCCUCCAAAGAGGUAUACACACACACACACACACAUAUAUAUAUAUAUUAUGACUAUCGUCCGAUUCCUUCGUAUUGAUUUGUCGUUUGGAUGGCUUCAUUGAGCCUGGAAAUAUAUUUAUAUGCAUAUGGUUUCUCAUUAAUCUUCUCGUGGACGCCUCAAUAUGUCUUUUCACUGAGCGUGGGCCAGGAUCUGUUAUCGUGCGACCUCCUCUGCAUUGUUCACCGCGUCCCUCUCCCUUGCGGGCCGGGUUCUGUUAUAUGUAUAUGUAUGAUGAUAUGGGGCGGCGGCCAGGAUGGCAUAUGAUGAUUCUGUCACCACGUCCCGCAAUAGAGGGCCGGGAUCUGUUACCACGUCCCUCACCGGAGGGCCGGGAUCUGUUAUCUGUGAUCUGUUAUCUGUUAUCUAUUAUCUGUUAUCUGUUUCUGCAUAUGAUCCUGCAUGUACGAUUAGGGAUAUAAAAAGUAAGUAUUUUUAUGUUUUGAAUGAGGUAAGUCUUCCCAGUACUUCUGAUUUUGAUCAUGAUUCUUUCUGUUAUGCUUCCGUACUUUCGGUUCCGAUUACAACUUUACUUGUUAUGUUCCCUGCUUUACAUACUCAGUACAUAUUCCGUACUGACCCCAUGUUCUUCGGGGGAUGCAUUACAUGCCCGCAGGUACAGACGCUCCUUUUGACACGCCGCCAACUUAGGAUAUCUGUUCUGCUGCUUGGAGUGCUCUUUUGUCCUGGAGCUCACAUUUUUGGGUACAGACCUUUUUAUUGUAUAUAUUUUUGUAUUUAUGGCUAUUUAGGGGUAUGGCGGGUCCUGUCCCGUCAUCUGAUUAUGUUAUCUCUGUCAGAGGCCUGUAGACAUGUAUGUGGGUCAUGGGUCACUGUUGGUCAGGUACGUCUGUGUGUUUUGUUGCGUAUGUCGCCCGUGUACUAUAACCGCCUUAACGGCUUAUGUACAUGUUUAUGUAUGUAUAGGUUUUCGUGUGAUUUGCCUUACAACUGUAUAAAUCUGUGCGUAUUAAAUCUGGAUUAGUUAUUUGGAUGCUAACUAUGGUAGGUAGGUAUAUGCGGGUGCCCAGCACAGGCACUAGUCACAGCCCACGGGGUUGGGUCCUGACAAAAGUGGUAUCAGAGCAGUUUGUCCUCGGAGUGUCUACAGGCCGUGUCCAGUAGAGUCUUGUUUAUCGGUGUGUUGUGCACCACAUCUAUAAACAUGAGGCUACAGGACAUCUAGGGUGUUACCCUUCUUUGGAUCCUAGAUCGUGCGUUAGAGCUGUGUUAUAGGGAUGUUUUCUUUUUUGACGGAUUGUUAUGUUUUCAGCGAUGCCUCCGAGAAAAGCGACAACUGCCCAAAAGGGCAAGUUAGCAGCGGCCGGAGAGACUAGACGGGCUCAGAGAGUUACUCGGACCCUAGCUCAGAUUAUGCAUGACACUGCGCCCCGGCCAGCAGGAUCUGCUACGCCAUCAUCAUCAGAGGAGUCUGGAGCAGCCGCCGCUACCACUAAGGAUCAGGGGGCUUCUUUACCAGUAGCUCCAGAGGCUCCAGCGCCUGAGCCCCCAGCUCCACAGCCAGGAACAGAGGACAGAGCUAUGAGAGAUGCAGUCCAGUUGCUGACCAGACUGGUGGCAGGGCAGGUUUAUAUGCACGUAUUUGGAAGCGAUCGUGUAGACAAACCUGAUAGUUCGAGGGCCCGUGAGUUCUUAACGUGUAAUCCUCCAGAGUUCUUCGGGACAAAGCUCUAGGAGGAUCCAGAGGAGUUUAUCAGAAAGAUGCAGCGUACGUUACGGUUGAUUAAGGCUUCUGCGACCGAGUCAGUUGAGUUGGCUUCAUAUCAGUUGUAUGAUGUAGCAGCUAAUUGGUAUGAGUCCUAGGAGUUAUCCAGAGGCGACGGCGCUCACCCAACAGUAUGGAACGAGUUUACUGAGGCUUUUCUUGGCCACUUUCUACCUCCGGAGUUACGGCGGGCUAGAGCCGACAAAUUUUUACUAUUGAGAUAGAAUGGCAGAAGCGUCCAAGAUUAUAGUCUGGAGUUUGACUCAUUGGCCAGAUAUGCACCUGCAAUGGUAGCUACUAUGACUGACAGGAUGCACCGGUAUAUUAUGGGGUUGGACCGUUAUUUGGUCGAUAGUUGUCUGGUGAUGGCCGCUCAGCCCGGGAUGGAUAUUGCCCGUAUACAGGCGCACGCCCAGGGUAUAGAGGACCGGCAUAAGGGGCAUCCGCCCGACGGGAGUCCGGACCGGAGGCAGCCCAAGAGGGCCAGAUCAGCGGGGUAUUCUGGGGAGUUUCGGAGUAGGUACCCUCAGCAACAACAGUCUAGUAGGCAUUCUUCCCAGCCGGCACAGAGUACGCCUCCACAGUUCCCAGGCAGGAUAUUUGAUAGCCCCGGGUAUUCAGGAGCAGGCCAGAGCUCCAGGGUUUCAGGGUCACAGGCGGACAGGGGUUCCAGUCAGCCAAGGUCACCCAGGACUCGGUGCUCUUAUUGUGGGAAACCUCAUCCAGGGGAGUGUUACCGUGCCACGGGCGCCUGUUACUUUUGCGGUAGUCCGGACCAUAUUGUGAGGGAGUGCCCGUUUAAGGGUGGUUCAGGUGGUUCAGCCCAGCUCACUGGGUGAGUUGCUAGCUCGUCUUCUCCUUCGGUAGCCAUGUGCCCUGCGGGGCAGGGUACGUCGACACCAGCAGGCCGCGGCAGAGGUCGUGGUGGAGUUCCCAACUCUAGCGGUCCUUCGAACCGCAUCUAUGCCUUGACUAGUCGACAGGACCCGAAGGCCCCACCACACACGGAUGCAGGUAUACUACUAUUCUUUUUCGUAAUAUAAGUGUAUUGACAGGUUUAGACUCUAUUUUGUGAUAUAUAUUUUUUUCCCUUCUAGUUAUUAAUAGAAUUGGGACAAAACCAGAAUGGAUAAGACCGUUGCUCGGAAGGGUACUCGGACCCUUGCUCAGAUGAUGCGUGAUAUUGCGCCCCGGCCAACAGACUCUGCUACGUCAUCAUCAUCAGAGGAGUCUGGAGCACCAGCCGCUGCCACUAGGGAUCAGGGGACGGCUUCACCAUUGACUCCAGAGGCUCCAGCGCCUGAGCCUCUAGCUCCUCAGCCAGGGGCGGAUGAUAGGACGUUGAGGGAGGCCGUACAGCUAUUGACUACUUUGGUAGCGGGACAGGCUCGCAGGCGCGGGCUGAGAGCUGAUGAUGAUAAUGACAGGCGAGACAACCUGAGAGUUUGUGACUUUCUGACUUGCGGUCCCCCAGAGUUUUUCGGGUCUAAGCCCGAGGAGGACCCCCAUGAUUUUAUUCGGGGGAUGCGGCGUUCAUUAGAUUUGGUCAGGGUUUCAGAGACCGAGUCCGUCGAGUUGGCCUCGCACAGAUUACGAGAUGUUGCUGCCAAUUGGUAUGAGUCUUGGGAGUUGUCCAGGGGUGAGAGUGCUUCCCCAGCUACUUGGGAUGAGUUUGUGACUGCUUUUCUCCGCCACUUUUUGCCCCCGGAGUUACGGCGGGCACGGGUUGACAGAUUUUUACAGUUGCGACAGGGAGGUCGGAGUAUUCGUGAGUAUAAUUUGGAGUUCGAUUCUUUGGCUCGAUAUGUGCCUGUUAUAGUGGCUAACAUGGCUGACCGGAUGCACCGGUACAUGAUAGGGCUGGACCGUUAUUUAGUUGACGGCUGCAUGGCGGUGCCAUCGCAGACUGAUAUGGACAUCGCCCGGUUACAGGCUUACGCGCAGGUUAUGGAGGACCGGCACAUAGAGGAUCAGUCGGGCAGAGAUCGUGAUAGGAGACCGCCCAAGCGGGCCAGGUCAACGGGGUAUUCUGGUGAGUUUCGGGGGGGGGGGGGGGCAGCCCCAACAGCAACAUAAUAGCUAUCCUUCUCAGCUGGCAUAGAGUGAACCUCCACGAUUCACUGGUAGGAGGUUUGAUAGCACAGGGUAUUCAGAAGCUGGUCAAAGCUUCAUGACUUCAGGUCUUCAGAUGCACAGGGACUCAGGCCAGACGAGGCCAUCCAUACCACAGUGCCCUCGAUGUGGCAGACGCCAUCCGGGGGAAUGCCGCCGCAUUACCGGUGCUUGUUUCUCUUGCGGCCGUCAAGGCCAUACUAUGAUGGAGUGUCGAUUUUGGGGGUGGUGCAGGUGGUGCAGCUCAGCCUAUGGGAUCAGUUGCUGGUUCUUCUUCUUCAGUUGCCAUGCGUCCUAUGGGACAAGGUAUUCCGACACCAGCAGGCCGUGGAGGGGCUUCCAUUUCUGGCGGUCCUUCAAACCGCUUAUAUGCUUUAGCUAGCAGACGGGAUCAGGAAGCGUCGCCAAAUGUGGUCACAGGUACAGACGCUCGUUUAGGAGAUCCGCCAGCUUAGGACACUUACUCGGCUAUUUUGGACUGCUCCUUUGUUCCGGAGCCUAGCUUAUGGUAUAACUCCCUUUUGUUGUAUAUGUAUGUGUUAUUCGGGGUACGGCGGGGCCCUGUCCCGCCAUAUGAUUCGUUUGGUCUGUUUAGAGGUCUGUAGACUUAUUUGUGGGUGUGUGUGCCUACUUCUGUAUAGUUGUGUCCAUAUGAUCUCUUUCGUUAUGGCAGCCUUGUUGGCUCGCACAUGUAUAUGUUUUUCUGUUGGCCCUGUGUGGCCUUUGUUGGAAUUUGCUGUGUACAGGGUUAUUUUGGAUAGUCCGAAAAACAAAGGUAACUCUGCCGAAAUUUUCUUUGAAAAUCUUAUAAAUUUGAAACACCGCCUUGUCGGCUUCUGUUAUAUACCUGGAUGUGUUUGAUAUAAUCUGAGGCAGCAUUUGAUAUUUGUGUCGGUAUAAGUCAUUUGUUUGCCACUCGGAUUUGUGAUUGUGUUCGGGUGCCCAAUUCGGGCACUAGUCACGGCCCACGGGAUUGGGUCGUGACAUCUCCCUUGCGGGACGGGUUCUGUUAUAUGUAUAUGUAUGAUGAUAUGGGGCGGCGGCCAGGAUGGCAUAUGAUGAUUCUGUCACCGCGUCCCGCAAUAGAGGGCCGGGAUCUGUUACCACGUCCCUCCCCGGAGGGUCGGGAUCUGUUAUCUGUGAUCUGUUAUCUGUUAUCUAUUAUCUGUUAUCUGUUUCUGCAUAUGAUCCUGCAUGUACGAUUAGGGAUAUAAAAAGUAAGUAUUUUUAUGUUUUGAAUGAGGUAAGUCUUCCCAGUACUUCUGAUUUUGAUCAUGAUUCUUUCUGUUAUG